GCAGAGGGGGCAGCGCCGGCUGAGAGUCCUCUGCGAGCCGCUGCUGCGGCCGGUCCACAGCAGCUCUGACAGUCGCGGCGCAUGCAACCGGACCCCUCAGCAGCCCCACGCAGCCUCCGCGACCUCCAGCUCGUCCCACCAUCUCUCCCGACGCCGCGGAGCCGCAUCUGGCAUCUACCACCACCCCGGCCGAGCUGGAGCCCGCGCCCGCGCCCGCGCCCGCCCUGGCCCGGCCGCGCCGGGAGCCCGGCCCCGAGCUGGAGCCGCAUCUGGAGCCGCGGGCCCGGGGCCCUGAGCCACGCAGCCGGCGCAUGGUCAACUCGCUGCUGUUCGGAGAGAUGGCCUUGGCCUUCGGCUGCCCGCCGGGGGGCGGCGGCUGCGCAGGCGGCGGCGGUGGUGGCGGAGCCGGGCCGGGGCCCUCGCCCGUAACGGCGGCGCUGCGGGACGACCUGGGCUCCAACAUCCACCUCCUCAAGGGGCUCAACGUGCGUUUCCGCUGCUUCUUGGCCAAGGUGCACGAGCUGGAGCGGCGCAACCGGCUCCUAGAGAAACAGCUGGAGCAACAGCAGAGCGAGCGCGAUCGGCGGCUGCGCUACAAGACCUUCUCCCGCGAGCAGGCCGUGCAGACCGGGCCGGAUCUGCUGCGGCCGCCGGCUGCGGGCGCCGGGCAGGCCCUCGGCGCGGCCACCGGCGUCAACGCCAACGCGGUGGCCCUGGGCGGCCUGCCCCCCGGCGGCGGCUCGCACCCGCAGCACUACGGUCGCCUGCCCGGGACCAUCUGGAGCUACACGCAGGUGCGGCGCACGGGAGGCGGCGGCGUGGAGACGGUGCAGGGCCCCGGCGUGUCGUGGGUGCACCCGGACGGCGUAGGCGUGCAGAUUGACACCAUCACGCCAGAGAUCCGCGCUCUCUACAACGUGCUGGCCAAGGUGAAGCGCGAGCGUGACGAGUACAAACGGAGAUGGGAGGAAGAGCUGGCCAAACGCAUGAACCUUCAGACCAUGGUGGACACACUGCAGGAGGCGGCACAGGAAGCGGAGGCCAUCCAGGAGGAGAUGAACGAGAAGAUCGAGCGGCUCAAGGCAGAGCUGGUGGUGUUCAAAGGGCUCAUGAGUGACCCCAUGACAGACCUGGACACAAAGAUCCAAGAAAAGGCUAUGAAGGUGGACAUGGACAUCUGCCGCCGAAUCGAUAUCACGGCCAAGCUGUGCGAUGUCGCACAGCAGCGGAACUCGGAAGACGUGUCCAAGAUCUUCCAGGUGGUCCCUAAGAAGAAAGAUCGUAAGGUGGCUUCGGAUGAUGACAUCUCUGAGCAGGACGGGGAGGUGACUCGGUUCUCAGAUGAGGAGGUCGGCUCCAUGAACAUCACUGAUGAGAUGAAGCGCAUGUUCAACCAGCUGCGGGAGACCUUUGAUUUUGAUGACGACUGUGACAGCCUGACGUGGGAAGAGAAUGAAGACACACUGCUGCUAUGGGAGGAUUUUACCAACUGUAACCCAACCAUUGACCUGCAGGGCGAGCAAGAAGAAAACUUGGGCAACUUGAUCCAUGAGACUGAAUCCUUCUUCAAGACGAGAGACAAGGAGUACCAGGAGACUAUAGGCCAGAUUGAGCUGGAGCUGGCCACAGCCAAGAGCGACAUGAACCGGCACUUGCAUGAGUAUAUGGAGAUGUGCAGCAUGAAGCGAGGCCUGGAUGUGCAGAUGGAGACCUGCCGUAGGCUCAUCAAAGGAUCUGCAGACAGGAAUUCACCGUCCCCUAGCUCUGUGGCUAGCAGUGACUCAGGAAGUACAGAUGAGAUCCAGGACGACCUGGAGCGGGAGGCGGAUGUGGAGCCCAUGGUCAGCUGAUGACGGAGGCCCGACGCUCCUGGUGGACUUGGUGAUGGAGCCCAGCCUCUACUCCCCACUGAGCCAUGAGGGCUCCUCAACUUGGGCUCCAGUCCUCGACACACAGACUUCUGUCCUCCCUUCUCCGGAGGCCCAGCGGGACCGCUGCUUCCUUCCUUCCUCCACCACCCACCCAUGGAAUGGUGCUGUCGAUUUUUCUAUUGUUCCCCCACCCCUACACACCACAAACGCAGACUUCUGUGCGUCGAUGCAGUGCAACUGUGCCUUCUCCCUUAAGCUGAGCCACUUUGAGCUCCAAAGAAUUCUUCCUAGCAGGUGUUUUUUAUACAAAACUCUAAGGUGAGGGUGGGACCUAGGGGCGUGGUAUCUUUUGGUUUUCUCCCUCCCACCUGCUCCUCUGAUUGGACAUGAGCUUUGCUCCCUCCCUCUGUCCCAAGAUGACUUGCGGCGGUCUACCUUCCCGAGGAAGGAGACUAGUUACCUCCGUCCAGAUCUGGGUGAGGAGGCGUUCUCAAUGCUUUCUCACCCAGUGAAAGAGCGCGGUGGAUGGAAGUGGAGGGAGGGAAGACCAAUUUUUUUCUUCUUCUUUUGGAUCUAGUGGCAAUGAGUCGGGGAAAGGCACUGUGGGGGAAGGAAGAACCUCACUGUGUUUAAACUAUGCAAAAAAAAAAAA